UGCAGUGGAUCAGGCAGGGGUGUGCUGCUGCAACAUGAGCAGGUGUGUUUCUGGGCGGAGCUACAGCCUCGAUAAAUUACAGAACAGAAGAGUCUUUACAAGCACAAGAGGGACACGAUGCUGAACAGAAUCAUCACCCUCGUGUUCCUCAUGCUGUUUCCUGUCGCUGGGACAAGUUCAAAAGUUGAGCUGGUGAACAAUGGAUACAACAAUGUUGUCAUUGCCAUUCAUGAGCAGGUACCAGAAACUUUAGAGCUCAUUGACCAAAUCAAGGAAAUGGUCACUGAUGCCUCUGCGGUCUUGUACACAGCGACACGAAAAAGAGCGUUUUUCAGAGACGUGAACAUUUUAAUACCCUCCUCCUGGACUCCAAACUCUAAUUUGUACAAAAGAGCCACAACACAGUCUUAUAAUCAGGCAAAUGUCAUUGUUGCUGAUGGAAACUACCAGAAGGGCGAUGAUCCCUACACGCUGCAUUAUGGUGGGUGUGGACAGGAGGGCCAGUACAUUAUCUUCACGCCUGGAUUUCUACUGAAUGAUAGCCUGCUCCCUGGCUACGGGCCUCGAGGGAAGGUGUUUGUCCAUGAAUGGGCUCAUUUGCGUUGGGGGGUGUUUGAUGAAUAUGAUGAGUUCAAUCCAUUUUACAGAGGAAAGAGUGGACUUGAAGCAACAAGGUGCUCAUUGAAUUUAACAGGAAAAUAUGUAAAUUGCAAUGAAGAUCAUUCAGAUGAAGAAUGUGCAUUUUUUCCUGAAACAUUAACUUCUGUUUCAUCCUCCUUGAUGUAUGCACAGUCUUUGCCAUCAGUUAGCAUGUUUUGUGAUGAAGCUAGCCAUAACCGGUAUGCACCAAAUAAACAAAAUAAAAAGUGUCAGUACAGAAGCACUUGGGAGGUCAUCAUGGAAUCCAAGGACUUCAACAAUGUGAACCCCCCAGUGGAACUGAGUUCAACAAGGCCCGCAUUUUCCCUGCUGCAAAUCCAUAAAAACAGAUUCAUCUGUUUAGUCUUGGAUGUGUCUGGAAGUAUGUCCGGGGAAAGGCUUGAGAGACUAAAACAAGCCGCUACGUCAUUCAUACUGGACAUGGUGCCACUGGGCUCCUAUGUUGGCAUCGUCACCUUUAGCAGCAGCCCUCUUAUUAAAAGACACUUAACAAGGGUAGACGAGCACAGCCGCCAAGAAAUCAUUAAUGACUUACCUGAACACGCUCAAGGUGGGACCAACAUCUGUUCUGGACUUGAGGAGGGAUAUGAGGUCCUGAGGAGGGAUGAUGGCAGUGUGGAUGGAGAUGAGAUUCUUCUGCUGACAGACGGCGAAGACAGUUCACUUUCCAGGUGUCUGGAAAAGGCAAGGCUGAGCGGAGCAAAAAUCCACAGCUUGGCUCUGGGACAGUCGGCAGACGAAUCCUUGAAAAAGUUUCCGAAUGUGACAGGUGGACGUAUGUUUUAUGCCUCUGAUGAGUUUCGGUCAAAUGGAUUAAUUGAAUCCUUUCUGGGCAUAACUGAUGAAUCUAUUGAGCUCAUAGCUGAAGGAGAAACUCUGGAGCCUGAUGAUAGCUUUGAUGGAUCGUUUUAUAUUGAGAGCGAUAUUGCAAAAGACACCACCAUCUUUGUAACUUGGAAUACUGACUUCAUACCCAAGGUUGGGAUCUAUGCACCCUACUCAUCUACAGAGUACCACAUGAGGGACUUCAAAGUGGAUGACAAUUUACAGUAUGCGAGGCUGCACAUUCCAGAACCAGAGGUUGGCCAGUGGGAAUACCUGGUUACAAAUACACACACAAGACGACAGUCUGUUACAUUUACAGUCACAUCAAAACCAUCGGAUCCAAAGGCACAUCCUGCAAUCGUGAACACCUACAUAAAGGAGAUGAGUAAUAUAAAUCACACCUGGCUGAUCAUCGCAGAGGUCUUUAAGAGCUUUUCCCCUGUCCUGAAUCUUAAUGUCACAGCCUAUGUGGAGGAGGUAAAUAAAAAGAAAAUUCCAGUUGAACUGCAAGAUAAAGGAACAGGAGCUGACCUGGUUGCAAACGAUGGGGUAUAUUCAGGAUUUUUCCAUCCAAAAGGGGGGAUCGGCAAAGGCACCUACAAAGUGAAGGUCAUUGGCACCAACAGUACAGCCCAGCGAGGAGCAGCUGUGGGGGAGACAGCCCUUUACAUCAGAGGGUAUCUGGUGAACGCUGCAGAAUAUAAAAUAAAGAUGGGUGAAAAUGUUUUUGACCUAAGAGACAGCUUUGAGAGUGCCUUUCAGGUGAAUCCAACCCAUGUCACUCCCUCACCGGCGGGCACCAGAGAAGAGCUGGAACAGCCGAUCGAAGGUAUGGAUCAAAUGAACGGCACCAUCGUUUAUUUUGCCAUCUGUGCUGUGGAUGAAAAUGGACUGAUGUCUGAAAUGUCCAACAUAGCUCAGGUAGCAAUAAUAGAGCCGCUGGUCCCUGCUGGACCAGAGCUUAAGGUUCUCCUGUCUCAAGACAACGGCGAGGACAGCGAUUCCGACAGCGACAGCAACGACGGUGGACUGGGCAGUGUGUCGGUCGUGGGCAUAGCGGUGACCACUACUAUCCUCAGUGUGUGUCUGGUUUUAGGCCUGAUCGGGCUGUUCAUGCACAAGAGAGAGCAGGGCGACUACACACUGAGAGACGGGCCGGAGGUAGAGAGAGUACCAAUGGCCAGUAAUGUGUAA